AUGUACUACCAGAAUGUCGGGGGUUUAAACUCCUGUAUAGCAGAUUAUCUGCUCGCCAGCUCUUGUUCCUGCUACGACGUUGUCGCUUUCACGGAAACAUGGCUGAACGACCGUACUAUCUCGAGUCAGAUAUUUGGACCAGAUUACGUUGUUUUUCGUUGUGACCGCAGUCCCCGUAAUAGCAAGAAGAACACUGGGGGUGGAGUUUUAAUUGCUGUUAAAUCCAAUUUCCAUGCACUGCUUAUUGACGAUGACUCCUGGCACGACUUGGAACUUGUGUGGACCCGCAUCGAUCUUGGCAACCGAAAACUCUACGUAUGCGUGCUGUACCUGCCCCCUGAUCGCACACGAGAUGUCGCCCUGGCGGAGUCUCUUUCUCGCUGCAUAUCGAAAGUGAGUUCUCUCUGCGCCCCCGAAGACGAUAUUCUCGUCAUUGGUGACUUCAAUAUGCCCGGUUUGAAGUGGUGCUCCAACCAUGGUAGCUUUUUGUACCCGGAUCCUGUGCGGUCUACAUUCUCGGCGCCUUCAAACAUCAUACUAGACUCCCUGAGUACGGCAACCUUGCGUCAAAUUAACAGAGUUACUAACGAAAACGGCCGUAUGUUGGAUCUCUGCUUUGCUAGCGAUGGGUCUCGCGUUCCGACCAUUGAAUCGGCUCCUGCUCCGUUCGUUAAGGCAGUUCAGCAUCAUCCAGCUCUAAUGGUUUCGCUCGAGGUCACCGGAUUGCAUGCUUCUGUCGAAAAAUCAGCACCCUUCUAUCUCGACUUCAAGAAAGCGGAUUUCGAUGCUAUCUCCCAUAUCCUGGUCACCAUCGACUGGGAAUCUGAACUCAAUCUAUUGAAUCCCAAUGCUGCGGCCGAAACCUUUUCGCAUAUCUUAAAUUACGUUAUCGACCGCCACGUGCCAAAGCGAACGACUUCCGGGAAUUCGCGGACUCCUUGGUUUACGAAGGAACUGCGUCGACUGAAGACGGCGAAGAGAUGUGCUCUUAGAAAUUACCAUAAGCUCAAAUUCUCCCAAACUAAGGAUGUAUAUCGUAGACUGAACUCCGCUUAUAAAAAAGCUAGUAAGCGUUGUUACCAAAAUUAUCUUUUUCGAGUACAACGUAACCUCAAGGCCAACCCAAAAUCGUUCUGGAAGCAUGUUAAAAGUCAGCGGAAUGAACCUGGUAUUCCAACUCAAAUGUUUCUGGAUGGCAACACUGCGAACUCUGAAGGCGGAAUAUGUGCUCUCUUUGCUCAAAAAUUCUCGAGUACCUUUGCUACUGCUUCAACAUCCCGAGAACACGUGGAGAAAGCUGUUAGGAAUGUUUCACCACUCGGCUUCAGCAUGAGCACGAUUGUUGUUGAGGAUGCGGUCAUAUCUAAAGCAGCGGCAAAGCUCAAAAAUUCCCUCUCUACUGGCCCGGACGACUCAUCUUCCAAGCUUGUCUUGACAGCGCCACCUACCCUUCACUGUGGAAGGAAGCCUACAUGUUUCCAGUCCAUAAAAAGGGGGACCGAAGAGAUAUCAACAACUAUAGAGGAAUUUCUGCUUUAUGUGCAAUCUCCAAACUAUUCGAAUUAG